AUGCCGACAAUCGGCGGGUCACCCGGCGGGGAAUGUCGCGACGGCGAUUUCACUCGCGAAAACCAUCGCCAUCGUGCGACGCUGCAGGACGACGCGAACGACGACCACGCCCGGCGUCGUACGCGCGACGAUCAGCACACUGCCGGCGACAGCUCCGGCGACAGCAACGUAGAGACCUGCCCGGAGCAACAGCGAGGCGCGGGGUUGGAGGGGGAUGGCAGCCCCGCGGAGAAUUGCAGCCCGGGGGGACGGGGGGGAAGCAGCGGCGGAACUGGCGGAGCGGGCAGGGCGGGCAUGAAGCGGAGCGCGGGCGCGCUGGGGUCGGGGCUGGACCUGGACGGGCUGGGGGGAGAUGCUGCGCGCUCGGUGCGACCGCGCACAGUGGCGGAGCGGAAGAGGCGGAACAACAUCAGCCACCGCCUGGAGCAGCUGAAGGCGGCGAUUCCGCUGUGCAAUCCGCGCAUCACCACGGAGACGCUGCUGUGCGAGACGCUGACGUACAUUGACGCACUAAAGGCCAAAAUCCGCAACUUGCAGGCUGAGAAGGCCAACCUGCUCGAGCACGUGCUGACUCUGUAA